AUGGUGCACAGUCGAAGUUUAGGGUUUACUGAAACCCUAAACAACGAAGAAGAAGAAGUCCAGACCCAUAAAAGGUCAAGACCCGACUUCGGUUCAAAUCCAAUCAGACCUGAUCAAUCCCGGUUCGAUCCCGAUUCAGCUAGCUUCAAACUGGCUCAAACUGGUUCCGUCAUUGGUCCCUCUGGUUCGGCAGUCCAGUAA